CGCGCAACCUUUGACUCCCAAAGCUUCCUCCGACCUUCUCCCCUUUUAAACUCCCACACCCUACACGCUCAAACACCGCAAAGAACAACGCCAACCCAACCCGCCGGCCACGCCCACCGCGCGCGCAGAGCAAAGGUUAGGGUAGGGACGGAGGCGGCCAAACUCCAGAGACAACACAGCCGGCAAUGGGCAACAGCAUCGGCGGCCGGCGCAAGGGCGCCAAGAUCAUGCAGCUGGACGGCACGGCGUUCCGGGUGAAGCCACCGGCGUACGCGGGCGCGGUGCUGCGCGACCACCCAGGCUUCCAGCUCCUCGACUCCGAGCAGGUCAAGCUGCUCGGCGUCCGCGCGCGCCCGCUCGAGCACGACGCGCUGCUCCGCCCUGGCCGCCUCUACUUCCUCGUGGCGCUGCCGAAGCCCACCGCGCCCCCGCGCCGCGCCUGGUCCGGCGCGCUCCACGUCGGCGCGCGCGAGCGGCUCGAGUCGCUCAUGCUCACGCGCCGCUCCACCUCCGACCUCACCUUCCCCACCGGCACGGCGCCGGCGUCCCCCGCCGCCUCCGACGGCGGGCCGGUGCAGCUCAGGAUGCGCCUGCCCAAGGCGCAGGUGGCCAAGCUCAUGAGCGAGAGCCGUGACCCCGCCGAGGCCGCCGCCAAGAUCAUGCAGCUCUGCGCCGCCAACAACGCCGGGAGCGGCGCCGUCACGCCCGAGAGGUUCGCGCCGCGGACGCCCGAGCGGGGCCCGAUGUUCGUGCCAACGCCGGACUGGGGCACCGGUGUUCGGCUCCCGCAGACGCCGGAGCACAGCCCGCGGUUCGUGCCCACGCCAGACUGGGGCGCCGGCAGGUUCUCGCGGACGCCGGAGCGGAGCCCGAGGUUCGCCGCAACGCCCGAGUGGGGCGCCAGGUUCAUGAUGCCGACGCCGGAAAGAGAUACCGGGAUGACGGCGAAGACGCCGGCCGAUAGGUGGUCCGCGCUAACCGGCACGCCGGACGGCAAGGCCAGCCGGAAGGAGAAGCGAACGCGGUUCGUCGCCAUGCCAGACGAGAUAAUCGCCUGACUAUUCCUGCAACAACACUACAGCACCGCAGGCAUGUUUCAGAUUCAGAGUAUGUGAACGUACGGAUCUGCAGAUGCCAACGUGCCAGCUUCAUCAGUCAUUUUCUUCCUUACAAGUUAUAGAUCGACCACAGAUUGCCGGCGUCGGAGACACGAGAGGGAGAAUGCCGGCGACGGAUUCUCCUGCCUCGC